AGCAGAGGAGUGGUAGUAGUCGGGUCCAGGUGCUACGCUGUCCAGCCUGGAGAAGGUUGGUUUGUAUUUCUUUACUUUUAUUUUAUCUCACCUUUUAAACCCUUUUGAUCCCCAUCAUCUGUCUCCACAUCAGACAAAAGUCAGGUUGACUGUUCAAAGAUGAAGCUAUAUCCUCUUCUUCUCUUGCUUUGUCUCUGCCAUCUGGGACUCACUGAGGAGCCCAGUCCAGCACCUACAAAUGUCAGUAUAACAGAAGAAGACGAGGCGUCAGAGGGUGACAGCUGUGGAGGAGCGUUCAGCCCUGAGGCACACAGGGCAAUAGGAAAGGCCACUGAGCAACUGGGUUUACAGCUCCUGGAAAAUCUUCCUGUUAGUCCACAGCAGCCCAAUGUCAUCCUCUCACCGCUCAGCCUUGCUUUUGCCCUCGGUCAACUCACCUUAGGUGCUCGCACUGAGACAGAGAACCUGCUACUAAAGACCCUUCAUGCCCACGGUCUGGCAUGCUACCAUCAUGCACUGGGAAGCCUAGUACCUCAUUUUAGCCACACAUCAUUGGAGGUAGCAGCACGCAUGUACCUGAAGCCAGGAUUUAAAGUGAAGGCGUCCUUUGUUGAAGAGUCUCUGCACAGGUACAAAUCACAGCCUGUUCCUUUAGUCUCUAUGGAGGAGGUCAACCAGUGGGUUGAGAAUGUUACCAAUGGACACAUCCCCAAUUUCCUAGAAAGUAUUCCACACGACGUGGUGCUUAUGCUCAUGAAUGCUGUAUACUUCAAAGGUCAGUGGCAAACACAGUUUGACCCACAAGCAACAUCAAAGGGAGAGUUUUACUUGGACAGUCAGAACUCUGUGUCAGUGGACAUGAUGAAAUCUGUCCAGUACCCUUUACGCCUGAUGUAUGAUUCCAAACUGGAAGCACAGGUUGCCAGUUUUCCCUUCAAGGGAAACACCAGCUUCUUAAUCAUCCUUCCCAGAGGAAACCUGUUGUCAGUGCUUCCCAAACUAAACAUCUCCGACCUCUACAGAUCUCUACCUCAGGAGAAACUGAUGCAGGUGAACCUGCCUAAAGUGAAGCUGGAGUACCAAAAGGAGCUCCAGGCGGCUCUGACCAACAUGGGCCUUGGCUCUCUGUUCUCUGGUCCUGACCUCUCUGGGAUAUCGGACCAGCCCCUCACGGUGACCGGCAUCCGGCACGCCAGCACAAUAGAACUCAGUGAAGAAGGCGUCGAGGCCUCCGCCACCACCGUUGUAACCUCCAUGCGCUCAGUCUCCAUGUUCUCUGUAAACUCCCCUUUUCUUUUUGCUCUCGUCGAUGACGCCUCCCUGACCCCCCUCUUCAUGGGCAUCGUCACAAACCCUGCCCCUGACAACCCCAUGCUGAAUGAUGAGUCCCACAACAAGCAGUCAUACAAACCCAUCUCUGGUAAUGGGAAUGGUACUAUAGACUUCCCUGAGUUUUUAACUACAGAAUUUUUAAAAGCUUCGUUUUUUUCUGGAUCUGUGCGCGCUCCCGCUGCCUCUGCUGGCAGCAGCUGGAUGCGCGCCGCUGAGGGUGCGGAGACAAGAGGCGUCAGCGGGGAGGAAGACUCACUUUCUGAGCAGGCAGAGACGCUGAUCGACGUGGAGAAGAGAGCGGAGAGGAUGAAGCGAACGACUUUCCUGCUGCUGUUUGGAGUCGUGCUGAGCUUCUGUGAUGCUCAGUCUGAGACGGGCGGCGAGGAGGCGGCCGGAGAGGAGGAACACGUGGAGCUCUUCACGACUCCGACUACAAAGAUGGGCGCUGCCACCUCCGACUUCGGUUACAACCUUUUCCGUGCCCUGGCGAGCCGCGACGCUUCCACCAAUGUCUUCCUGUCCCCGCUCAGCGUGUCCGAGGCGCUGACUCAGCUGUCCAUGGGAGGAUCUGAGCAUGCUCAGAGGCAGCUGUACAGGGCCCUGAGGUACCACACCCUGCAGGACCCUCAGCUCCACAACACCCUGAAGGACAUGCUGGCGUCAGUCAGGACGGCGGGGAAAGGCCUGAGUACCGCUGCACGCUUGUACCUGGCGAGACGACUUCGUUUGAAGCAGGAGUUCUUUGGUCUUGUGGAGCAGCAGUAUGGAGUUCGCCCCAAGGCGCUGCUGGGAGGAUCCAAAGAUGUGAAAGAAAUCAACGAUUGGGUGUCUCAGCAGACGGGCAAGAAGGUGCAGCGCUUUCUGACCAAGCCCCUCCCUCGUGCUGCCGGCAUAAGCGUUGUGAGCGCCGCCUAUUUUAAAGGGAAGUGGACGACUCGGUUCGCUCAGAGUGGAGGGCUGGAAAACUUCCAGGUGGAUGGCGCAGCACCCGUGCACGUUCCCAUGAUGCAACAGGAUAACUACCCAGUGAAGAUGGGGGUUGACUCGGACUUGGGCUGCACGAUCACUCAGAUCCAGAUGCAGGACGAUGUCAGCAUGUUCAUCUUCUUGCCCGAGGAUGUGACCUCCAACAUGACCCUUCUGGAGGAGAGUCUGACCUCCGAGUUUGUCCAGGACCUCUCCAUGACGCUACUUCCUGCCAAAGUGUCCAUUACUCUGCCCGUCCUGAAGCUCAGCUACUCCACAGACCUGCUGCCGCUGCUCGGCGACCUUGGUCUCUCUGAAUGGCUAGACAACCCGGAGCUGGAGAAAAUCUCCACUCAGGCUGCCAAACUUAUCUCUGUCAAUCACAAGGUCACCAUGGAGACAGCACCAGAGGGGAAUCAGUAUCCGAGCGACACAACGCCAAGCCACCUGACAUACCGGGUGGACCGCCCCUUCCUCUACCUGAUCCGGGAUGAAACAUCCGGGGCGCUGCUCUUUAUCGGCCGGGUGGUCAACCCCAAAAGCCUGUCAAUAUAAAGCGCACACACACUUUUGCACACGUGUCUACAUGGGGACCGCCAUUGGCAGACUGUUUCAAAACUUAUGUCUAAAACCCAGACUUAACUCUGAAACAGCCCUUUAAAAGUCUGAAAACGUCCUCACUCUAAAGACCUAAAACUCACAUUGGUCCUCACAGAGACAGCUGUGCGCACACACACACACACACACACACACACACACACACACACACACACACACACACACACACACACACACACUCUUAGCAGGUCCUAGGAGGGAUUUCAGGUGUUUGGCAGAUGUCUGAUUCUGAUUAUUAUUUUUCAUGUUGAAACGUGAUCACGUUGAUCUCGGCGGAUACACAAACACACCCAAGAUACUCAAAGGAUUCUUUUUUAAAAAAUCAAAUAUUGUCAUUUCUGUUAAAAAGAAGUAAACACGACAAUGAACCUGA